GCGUUAUGUAUACAGGAGCUCAGAGAUAGAGAUAUAGGAAACUUUCAACUGAUCUUUCUCCGGAUAAUUCCCCAUUUCUUCAUAGCCUCAUUUUGGUUGAUUAAAACCCAAAGAAAAACAAAUAAGAGCGAAAAUGUAAUAAUUAAAAAUAAUGUAUUUAGUUUAAUAAACAGCGCAAUGUUCACAUCUUGUAAAGUCAUGACGGUGAUGGGAUUGCGCACGAUGGCUGGAAUGGGGAGCAUCUACGGCAUAUUGAGCUCAGGACGACUUAUCCUUGUUGUUUUUCUUGCUCGGAUAUUUCUCAAGGCAUCUCUCAAUUGCAUCAAAUUAUUUGCAGUUUUGCUUAGUACGGCAGGGAUUGUAUUUGUCACACAACCAGAUCUGUUUUUCCAUAAUGUAAAAUUCAGUGUUUUAUUGCGGCCACUAUGGGAAGACAAUAUGGAUACAAACAAUGACACUACAACCAAUGACACAACAAGUUCAACCAUUGACACAACUAUUACGCUGGAAAGAAUUCCUCAAAUUUGGCAGGGAUACGUGAUAACCUUGAUAAAUGCAGUCAAUGAAAGCAUUAUGACAAUAUCUACAAGAGCCCUAAUAAAGAAAACCACCUCAGCACCAGAAAUGUUCUUCAACAUGAGCGUUGUUGUAAUAUUCAUCACAGGCAUAGGGACAUGUUUUGAAGGCUUUAAAACACCAGAUAAUAUACAUGACGUGUUACAAUGUAUGUAUCGUUGGUUUCACAAUAGGAAGCAUUGGCUUUAAUCUUGGAUAUAUCAUUACCAUGAAAUUGUUGCCAGCUUCAAUUGCUUCUAUAGUCUUCACCUUGGAUAUAGUCACAGGAAUUCUCCUACAAUAUACCAUCUUCAGAAAUAGCUACAGUGGGCAUUCUAACAUACUAGAGAUACUUGGAUGUUGUUUGAAUAUUUUCAGCAUUUUGCUGAUACCAGUUCAAGAACUUUGUCUUAAUGAGAAUGAUACUAAGCAACCAAUACUAAAGCAAAAUGCGCUACCUCUGAACAAUGAUGCCGCUUUGACAAAAAAUAAAACUUUUGAAUUUCCACAGCUUAACAAGGCAAUGGAAAAAGAGAUUGAAUGACAGAAACAGAUUUGGUAAAGCAAUUUUCAGUAUUUACACAUCCUAAAAAUUUGGCAAAUUGUUUUCUUACCUUGAUUUUCAAAGGUGUCUGGUGCGACAUCGUCAGUGAUCUUAGUAGAUGUUCCUGGUUGGCUAUCCAUCUCAUAUGCAUCAUUAGCGAACCUAUGAGCUGCUGUCGUCCAUGCAAUUGCCUGACCAUUAGGCUUGCAGAGGAUAGUUGUACACUCUGCCCCUGUGCCCCACUUCUCUUGCUCCUUCCAGACGAAAGACUCGGGCGGUUGGUGGAGGAUGGGGUCGUUGGUCCCGGAAUACACAGUUGUUGUCGUGUUGGCUUUGAAUGUGACACGUGGAGGGAAACGGUACACUGCAACAGGGUGACCACCUACAUUCUGCUGAAGCAUGAAGCCUCCAAUCUCAUAAUCCU